UUCUCCCACUAUAAAAGCGCAACACUUUUGCCUUCUCUUGUGCAAAAUCAAGUCUCCCUAAGCCAAAUACACUCUUGCAUUAUCAAAUACACACACAAACAUGAGUCUCCCUCAAACACAAGGGAAGACCCUCCCAGAUGCUUGGGACUACAAGGGCCGCCAUGCCGACCGCUCCAAAACUGGAGGAUGGGCGGCCGCCGCAAUGAUUUUAGGUGGGGAGGCCUGCGAGCGCUUAACAACUCUAGGCAUUGCUGUGAACUUGGUGACCUAUUUGUCUGGUACUAUGCAUUUGGGGAAUGCUAGUUCUGCCAACACGGUUACUAACUUCUUGGGUACCUCCUUCAUGCUCUGUUUGCUCGGCGGUUUCGUUGCCGACACCUUCCUCGGAAGGUAUCUCACUAUCGCCAUCUUCGCAACUGUUCAAGCAACGGGUGUCACAAUCUUGACAAUAUCAACAAUAAUUCCAAGCCUAAGGCCACCAAAAUGCGACUACCCAAACAAAUCUUGCAUACCUGCAAAUGGAACCCAACUUAUGGUUCUCUACUUAGCUCUGUAUGUCACGGCCUUAGGCACCGGAGGACUAAAAUCAAGCGUAUCGGGGUUCGGGUCGGACCAAUUCGACGAUUCAAACAACCAAGAGAAACUUCAAAUGACCAAAUUCUUCAAUUGGUUCUUCUUCUUCAUAAGCAUCGGAUCACUUGCGGCAGUAACCUUUCUUGUUUACAUACAAGACAAUUUGGGCAGAAAAUGGGGUUAUGGAAUUUGUGCUUGUGCGAUUGUGAUUGGAUUGGUUGUUUUCUUAUCGGGUACGAAACGGUACCGGUUCAAGAAAUUGGUGGGUAGCCCGUUAACCCAGAUCGCGGCGGUGUCCGUGGCAGCUUGGAAGAAACGGCGUUUGGAGUUGCCGUCCGAUCCGUCGCUUCUUUUUAACGUUGAUGAUCUUGGGAUUGAAGAAGGUGACAAGAAGAAGAAACAGAUGUUGCCACAUAGCAAGCAACUCCGGUGGUUGGACAAGGCAGCAAUUAAGGAGCCAGAAACAAGCAGUAAGUGGAACCUAGCAACCUUAACGGACGUUGAGGAAGUGAAAUUGGUGAUCCGAAUGUUACCAAUUUGGGCCACAACCAUAAUGUUCUGGACAGUCUAUGCACAAAUGACUACAUUUUCAGUCUCACAAGCCACCACCAUGGACCGUCACAUAGGGCCGUCGUUCCAAAUCCCGGCGGCCUCCCUCACCGUCUUCUUCGUAGGCAGCAUUCUCUUAACCGUCCCCGUCUACGACCGGAUCAUAUCUCCCAUCGCAAGAAAAAUCCUCAAGAACCCACAAGGGCUAACCCCAUUGCAGAGAAUUGGGGUUGGUCUAGUGAUGUCAAUAUUUGCAAUGGUUGCAGCUGCCCUCACUGAAUUGAAGAGACUGAGAGUCGCACGAUCAAACGGUUUGACCGACGAUCCGACGGCUGAGAUCCCAUUGAGUGUCUUCUGGCUGGUCCCACAAUUUUUCCUUGUGGGGUCAGGUGAGGCAUUUACAUACAUUGGGCAGCUGGAUUUUUUCCUAAGGGAGUGUCCAAAAGGGAUGAAGACAAUGAGCACAGGGUUGUUUUUGAGUACAUUGUCAUUAGGGUUCUUCUUUAGCUCACUAUUGGUGACCAUAGUGCACAAAGUGACUGGGAACAAGAAGCCUUGGUUGGCUGACGAUCUUAACCAAGGAAGGCUCUAUGAUUUCUACUGGCUUUUGGCAAUCCUGAGUGGUUUGAACAUGAUAGUUUAUCUCAUGUGUGCCAAGUGGUAUGUCUACAAGGAUAAGAGGCUUGCUGAGGAGGGGAUUGAGUUGGAGGAGGCUGGACCCACUAUCCAUUAAUUAAUGGUUUUGUGUUUUUGUCUUACUUGUACUCUUUUUUUUUUUUUUUUAUUCAUUUUGGUUUGGGAGAACACAAGGUGUUUUUUUUUUUUCCCUGUGGUUUUGACAGUUUUUGUCACCUUUUAUUUUGUGUGUAGAAGAGGAAUGCAAAGGCAAGUUAAACAAGGAUAAAAUCAUAUGUCUUUAAUUAAUUUUGCUUACAUUUC